AUGGAUCGUUCAGCAAGCACAACAGCUACAACAAUGCAUAGGUCACCAGAAUACGAUAAGCUACAGCAAAUUUUAGAUAAAGUACGGGAAGUGAAAUUAGCUCUCGCUGGUUUCUUCAUCGAAUACGAGCAAGGUCAACCAUCGUGGCCAACAAUUCUUGACCAAAUGAAUGUUCUGUCAUCACAAGUCACAACAUUACGUGGCCUAGUGCGAAAUCUCUUGCCAACAUUGCGCACAAAUUCCAUCAUACCUAUGUGUUUAUCACCUGAAGCUGAUGCCACUGUUGAACAACUAACUGAGAGACGUUUAUCUGUGUUCAAUCAUGAUUUCAUGCCUCAAUUGUUGCGAACAAAAAAUCUGCCAGAAAUCGAUGAACGCGAACGAUUAUUAAACACAAAUUCUAACAGUAGCCUUUCCGGAAGUGGAUUCGGUCGUCCAAUGUUGAACCCCAAUGAGAUUCAAAUGCGUGUACAAGAAUUAAAUGCGGCUCUACAUAGUACAAGUGAUAUCCUUCAAGGAACGAAAGUCGCCACGGAUAAAACUGAAAAGCAAUUUGAUUUGCAACGGUUCACUAAUCCAUCCGAUACGAAACAAUUGCUUGAAGCAAUGAAUUAUGGCACAGCACUGAAAACACCUGAUACAUCGACAUCUCUCACACGUAAUGAACAAGCAAACUUAAAUCAACAGAUGUCGAAUCAACCACAACGCUCUCAAGUUCCAUCCCUACGAAUAAAAACAGUCUCCAAAGCCAAUCGCUAG